AUGGCAGCACAGGGAAAGACAGGACUGCUGGUGAUUGACCUCCAGAACGACUACUACCCCGGCGGCAAGUUCGAGCUCGAAAACGUCGAGCAGGCGUCGAGCAAUGCGGUUCGCCUGCUGCAGGCCUUCCGCGAGAAGGAUCUGCCUCGCUUCCACGUCCGUCAUGAAGCUGCUGACCCUGCCCUUGGCUUCUUCCUUCCUGGCACUCCCGGCGCUGACAUUCACGAGCAGGUGAAGCCGCAAGAGGGUGAAGCCGUGGUGACCAAGACUGAGAUCAACUCCUUCAAGGGCACUGAUCUUGAGGCCAAGCUCAAGGCUGCUGGCGUGGACAACCUCGUUGUCUGCGGCGCAAUGACCCACAUGUGCGUCGACUCGGGUGUGAGGGCUGCGAGCGACCUGGGCUUCAAGUGCGUCGUGCCGGGUGACGCCUGCGCCACCCGCGACGCUCAGUUCCAGGGCACCACCGUCAAGGCCAGGGAUGUGCACGCGGCCUACCUGGCCGCGCUUGACUUUGCCUUUGCGAAGGUGGUCUCCACCGACGAAGUCCUGAAGACGGUGUCGGCCUAA